CGAAGGCAACGGGAAUGCUAAGUUUACGUAAUAUUUGUUUUCAUUUUGUUUAUUUACAUGAAGAUUUUACUAAGCCUAAAAUUUAAACUACGGCUAUGGAAGAUGAACUCGAUCUAUCAUUAGACGGGAAAAAUUUAGGAAAUUUACGAGUUGUCGAUCUUAAACAGCAACUAGAAAGGCGAGGUUUGUCUAAAAGUGGAAGUAAAAAAGACUUGGUAAAACGGUUAAAAUCGCAACUUGAAUUUGAGAAACUUGGUGAAGAAAGAAAAUUAGCAUCAGGUGGUGAUUUAAAGCUAGAAUUAGAUGCUGCUACAGAACAAAAUGAAUUUGUGCAACAGUAUUUAGCUCGUCAACAAAAACUCUUAGCUGAACAAACUGCAUCAGCUCAUACUUCAGAAUCUGAAGAAAUUCAAAACAGUGAUGAGGAUGAGAAAUGUGAUUCACGUGAUGGUUAUGAAAGUAAUGAGAAACUUUCCAAAGUGUGUGUAAAUAAAUCUAGUGAUUCCGAAGAAACAGAUAUUUCUAAAGAACAAAAAAUAGUAAAUGUCAAAGAAAGUACAGAUAAUAUUGAACACAAAGCAGACAUAAACGAAAAUCUCGUCAAAAAACUAGAUACAGAUGCAAUAAUUAUGCCUGCAUCCAAAGAUUUAAGGCAAGUUCAGGAUAGCUGGGAUGGAGACAUUUUCGGCGAGGUGUCCUUGCAGGAGUUUUCAGCGGCGGCCAUCUGCUUUCAUUGUGGCAAACCCGAAACCACCAAACAAGGACCGCGGGAGUUGAAAAACGCAUCUUCCGAUGCCAUCGCUCAAUUUGCCAGGGUAGAGACGGAAGACGACUGCACACUGCAGGUACCAGACUAG